AUGGAGGUUGAAAUAAUUUCCAAAAGCUGCAUUUCACCCUCUUCACCAACACCAUCCCACCUUAAAACCUACAAAAUCUCUCUACUCGAUCAAUUUGAACCAUCUGGCUAUUUCUCCACCAUUCUUUUCUAUCAAAGUUCCCAAGAAACUAGUAUCUCAGUGUUGUUAAAGCAAUCUUUGUCUGAAGCUUUAUCUCGAUUUUAUCCACUUGCUGGUAAAGUUAAAGACGGACUUUCCAUUGACUGUAAUGACGAAGGUUUAUUUUAUACAGAAGCUACAACUAAUAUUUCCUUAUCUCAGUGGCUCACUCAACCAGAUCUAACAUCACUCAACAAAUUGAUGCCAAAUGCAGCUUCCGAAUAUGACCUUCCUUCUGGAUCUCAUGUUGCUUUGAUUCAAGAAACCACCUUUGCAUGCGGGGGCUUUGCUAUUGGUAUACUUGUUUCUCACAUGGUGUGCGACGCAUCUAGUUUGUUCUUGUUUCUAAAAGAUUGGGCCGCUACUGCGUGUAAAUCAGCUGCCAAACGUCCUUAUUUGGAAGGAGAAUCCAUUUUUCCGCAAUAUACUGCAUUUCCAACACAGGCGAGUAAUGCGCAUAUAUUUGCGCCGUUUGCUAAAAAGGGCAAGCAUAUUACAAAGAGGAUUGUGUUUAAGGAAUCCGCCAUUGCUAAUCUUAAAGCAAAAGCAAGAUUGAACAAUAUUAAUAAUCCUACGCGCGUUGAGGUAUCAAUAACCACUCGGAAUAAUAUCAAUAAACCACUCGGAAUAACCCAUGUUGUGAAUUUGAGACGAAAAGGGGAGCCGCCAUUGCCAGAAUGUUUAGUGGGGAACUGUGUAAGUAUUGCUGGUGCAGUAUUCACUGCAGAGGAGGAGUUGAAUGAAUUAGUGACUGGACUAAGGGAAGCAAUAAGAAAAGUGGGUAAUGAUUUUUUGAAGAAGAUAAAAAGUAAGGAAGAUGGAUUCCUCGAGUAUUAUGAUGCGAUGAAAGAGAUUGGGGAUUUAUUUACUACUCCGGAAUCUGAUAGCGCAGUGGAGUUAGCUGGGUUUAGUAGUUGGUGUAACUUUGGUGCAUACGACAUUGAGUUUGGAAGGGGAAAGCCAAUAUGGGCAGCCUGUGCUGUGCCAUAUGUGGAAGAUUCAGAUAAUCCACAUUUCAAUAUGAUCAUUUUAAUGGAUACAAGAACAUAUAAAGGAGUUGAAGCGUGGGUGUCUAUGAACGAAGAUGAUCUUGAUUUCUUGGAGAAAGACGAAGAGCUUCUUCAAUAUGCUUCCGUUGAUCCAUCUCCAAUUUAUAAUUAA